AAGGGGUUUCGGUUUAGUUUGGCGUGAGACGCUGUGCCAUUCGGUUCGACCAGCGUACGUUGCCGCGUUCGUCGAGCGUUCGAUGUCGUUCAUUUCCGCGGUUUAGUUCGAGAAAACGCCACGCCGUAUUCCGCGGCGCCGUCAUACAGCUCCGUCGCGCUCUUCCGACCGCCCGUGCGUACUCGUUCGUCGUCUCGUCGGGUUCGUUUCGUUUCCUUUCCUUUCCUUUUUUCCCCUUUCGCGAAUCUGUCCAGCCUCCGGCGUUCUUUCUGCAAAGAGGCUGCGAGCGCUCGGUCGGCGGUAAGGUGAAAGUAAAAUCCCACGUCGGUGGAGCUUAACUCGAAUGCCAGGAAAUCUGGUGGUACGUCGCGAAAUCGCGUACGCAUCGGACACGCGACAUCGCCGCCGUUGCCUGGACACCCCGCGCCUCGACGACUUCGCAACACCGAUAUCCCUGAGUUGCGACGGCUCGAGCACCGUAGCGAGCUACGAUUUUCGCCACGGUGACGUUCCGCCGCGGACGGUACAACGUCGCUUCGUCUACCCACGGGACCAGUAUGCUUCGCCGCCGUAGAGGAUAGCGUUAGGCUACUCCGAUAUUCUCGUACGCGCGUACGACUCUCGUGAUCGCACGCACCGUCACGGACAGUAGUUCGGUACAACAAUAAGAAAAAUGUCGGGAGUGGGUAAAAGGACUUACCUUCGCGAGGUAAAUCCCUAUCUUAUUUGUCCGCUGUGCAGAGGCUACCUCAUAGACGCGACUACCGUUGUAGAGUGUUUACAUUCGUUUUGCAGAAGCUGUAUUUUGAAGCAUCUCAACACGGAGGCCCAUUGUCCUUCUUGCAAACAUGUUCUCAACAAAGCGAAACCAAACAUCAAGGCUGACAAAGCGUUACAGGAUAUCGUAUACAAAUUGGUUCCCGGAUUGUACCACAAGGAGAUGCGGAAAAGAAGAGAGUUUUAUAAAAAGCACCCUGAACACGCGGAUUUAGCGACACCCGAGCAGCGAGGAGAAGACGUGAGCGGAAGGUUAAUCUUCGCCCCGGAGGAUGCUGUUAGUUUGAGCUUAGAGUAUCUACCACCCGGAGCCGAUCCUCUGACCAUUCUACUCAGUACCAAUGACGAUACUAACAAUUCCCACAACCAAAAUAACGUCUGCGGUAAUAACAACGGUACCAGUAACAAUGGUAACUACGGGACGAGUACGAGUAACAGGCGAUACCUUCAAUGUCCGGCGCUGGUGACUAUCGCGCACCUGAAGAAAUUCUUAGCCUUGAAGUACAGCGUCGACAUGACUAGGUACACCAUCGAAAUUUGUCACCGACGUGCUCCGCUGCCGGAGCACUGGACUCUUAUGGACGUCGCCUACAUUUAUGCGUGGAAAAGGAACGCACCGAUGCGAUUUUUUUAUCGAGUUGCAUUGGAAGAGCAGAGACUGGAAGCACCUCCUUACGACAGACCUUCUACGCCAGGUUUGGGCGCAAGUUUUCCUCCCAUUGAUGCGCCCGUCGCAACGGGAGACAACGCUGACACGGAAAAUUCGGAGAAAAAGCCGGAAUCUAGGCUGAGCAGCGAUCGAUGCGCAGUUUCGACCGAAAAGGCACGGUCACCUAGUGAACAAGCGCGCGUGAAAGUGGCCAAAGAGGUCGAGACUAAGGAGGAACCACCGUCGAGUAACGCAGUAACCUCGACGACCGUCGCUUCGACCACGGUUUCGAUAACAGCUUCGAAAACGAUGUCCACGACCACGACCACUAUUACCAACACCGUUGCGUCACCCGUGUCGACUGAAACGAACAAACAACAGAUAAAAACACCGAUCAAGAUACUGAAGAAUCCGGAUGGCAGAUACGAAGUUUUGAGAAGUCCUCCCGGCAGUUGGAGCUCGAAAGAACAGAACACCACGACCACGUCCAGUCCAGAGUUCAGCGUCGUUAGCAUUGGUAACGGGCAAAACUCGAACGGAGUAAAGAUAACGUUGAAACAGUGUACGCCAAAUAAUAGUACUCCGAACAAACCAAAAGUUAUCAGCAACGUGUUGCUACAUUGUGGUCAGAUGGAGAAAGAUUCAGCUGGUUCGUUGGUCAUUCAACAGUUACAGAGAGACAAGGAGAAACAACAAGCGGAGAAGCAAGAGAAACAAAGACGAAGGGUUACUUUCGUGGAAAGAUCGACUCCCGAGAAGAACACGACCAAUAACGCGUUGAAAACCAUACAAAAAAAGCCUGCGGAGCAACAGGAGAAGAAACGAUUCCUUCAAAGUUUCCAGUUAACUGCCAGAGAACCGGGAACGGAUACGUUAGAAUCUAGUUUCGAAUCGAAUAAGGUGAACGCCGUUAACGAAACCAACGAGCCUCACAAUAAGGGAAACGUUACUCCGAAAAAGGAACAGGACAAAGUUACGGCCGAGUCGUCGAGUAACGCGGAAAACGCGAAGAACAAGAACAACAACGAGAACAGUGGUGUAAAUGCGACGAGUGCGAGCAAACGCGUAGCAACGAUCGGCGGAUUGACCGGUAAUACGCGAGUGAACGCGAAUAAACAAUGCAGUGAUGUGGAUACGUGUGUAUUGAGUUAUACGAAAAGCAUCAACGCGAAUAACAAUUCUACGAAAGUGGACGUGUACACCUUCUCCAACGAUCCACCGAUUGUUCCAGCGGGAGCGGUGAAAAGAAAAUGUCCACCCGGGCUACCUAUCUGCGAUAUCAAACGAAAGAGACAACAUCAGGUACAACCUCAAAGCGUGAAGAAACAACCCGUUGCUCCUCCACCGCCUGCUGUACAAAAUACUCCCAAGUCGCAUCGAAAACUCCCCAGCGAACACGUUAUUCCCGCGAAGAGAAUGGCGACUAUGGCCGGAGAAGCUGGUCCUAGUCGAACGCCGACGACUCAGAGCUCCAAAGUUUCGCCCAACCCGGUGCUGUCGCACGAUACCAGAAACAUACUGGACGGUUGCGGAUUGAACAUACCCGCCAGUCUCAGUAUCACCCUCACGGCACCCAAGUCUCCGGGCAACAGCGGAGGAUUCCCUGAACCCAACGAUUCCAAAGACAACCGUAAAAACACGCUGGGAAAAGUGAGUCCGAGCAUCACUUUGAACGAUAGGUCUGUGGAUCCUCGUGUACUGAAAGCUUUGAAAGCCGGACAAAUCAGAAUGCCUGCACCGCCAAAACCGAGGCAGACCAAACAAUUGGAGCGCGAAGGGAAUCAGCAGCGACCACCGCCUCCUUCGAAACGCAAAAGAGACCAAGAUUCGAGGGAUAUCUUGGAUCUCAGCGGAGGAAAGAAAGUGGACAUGCAUCCGUUGAGAAUACCGCAGCCUGUUACGAAACUGAAGACAAAAUCAACUAUCAGAGACGGCAUGCCAAGCAUUUCGGAACAAGGACAGGUUGUAACGUUGAUGAGCGGCCACAGGUAUUAUCGAGCACCACCCGGUUCUUUGACUCCAGCAGCGCAUCGAGUCAGCGACUGCCCCUUGCCUACACCAGUUCGAACACCGGUCUACGCACCUGGCCUUUCUAGUCCCCUGAGUAGUAGCAGAUCCAACACCAAUCUCUCGUCCGUUUUCCCCAGCCUGCAGAGUCUUUACGCUCUAAGUCAAGCACCGAAUCUCCAACAGUUUCAAAUGGACGCGAGACUAAGAUUACCUCGACCAGCGGAUUCCUCCAACACCGAUAAUCGAAACGCGAACAGCAAUUUGAGCGGCAAAAGUCAUCUAGCUGCUCAGUGCGCGCCAGUUAAGCCUGCCAGGUCGUCGAUAGCUCCCUUGGUUGUUCCUAUUACCAAACAGCAACAAACGAGCGAGAAAACCUCGCCCCCGUGUCUAAGCAGACCAACAGCGAACGAUACGAACAAAACACCCGCGUUUCGCAACAACGAAACCCUCGACUCCACCGAGUCUGCUCAACAAUUGUCCGUCCAAUCCAAGUACUCGUCGGUCACGGAAGGCGACAAUCGGUAUUCACCACGAAGCUCCAACAACAGCGCGGAGAGCGACGAGAACAAAGUAUCUACCGAUGGACCUCGCGACUCCAAUUCGGAAACGAGCAACGAUUCCAGAAAAGAACCGGACAAUUCGUCGCGGCAGACGCCUCAUCGCGAAGCAGCCAGCCCCAGAGUAUCGUCUACGGCUUCUCCAUCUCCACCUCCUGGAGAUACCAACGCGAAUACGAGCAACAGCGACAAUUCUAGCGGUCGUAAAGAUAAUACGAACACAACCUCGAACGGUAUCGACAAUGAUUUACCCGCACCCAGUCCAACGAAAAAUAUGGGCGCGGAGGUAUCGAGCAGCAAGUCACCCGCCAGUCCAGACUCCAGCUCGGUAACCAUCGAAAGUCCUUCCAGCAAGACCACGGAGCAAGGGUUUCCUUCUCCUUCCCCCGCGUCGGAAGUAGCAAAGCCUUCGGAACAUUCGACGAAAGUGGACAACAACGUCGUCGUGGAAGAAUCGACGAACGACAACGACAAGAAAGCUUCCUUCAAGCACAUCGACGCGAAACAGCUGACCUCAGAAAUGUUUCAAAAACGAUUGUUGGCUGCGUUCCCUUCCAACGAGUGGGCCAACAAUCCGAUAGCCGCUGAACACUUUGAUAAUUUUUUAAAAAGUUUGAAGUUUAUCAAGUCGGACGGUAACAAGCUGGACAGUUUAGCGCCAGAGAAGAUCGAAAGUGGUCAACUAGCGUGCAACGACCCAGCUCGUUUAAAUAACGAAGCUUCGUCCAAGUCGCGAACAGACGUCACACUUCUAAUAGAAUGUGGCGUACACGCGCCGAACAAUACAGGGAAAAUAAAACACAGCACGGACGCUGUAUCUACGGCUUCUCCAUCUCCACCUCCUGGAGAUACCAACGCGAAUACGAGCAACAGCGACAAUUCUAGCGGUCGUAAAGAUAAUACGAACACAACCUCGAACGGUAUCGACAAUGAUUUACCCGCACCCAGUCCAACGAAAAAUAUGGGCGCGGAGGUAUCGAGCAGCAAGUCACCCGCCAGUCCAGACUCCAGCUCGGUAACCAUCGAAAGUCCUUCCAGCAAGACCACGGAGCAAGGGUUUCCUUCUCCUUCCCCCGCGUCGGAAGUAGCAAAGCCUUCGGAACAUUCGACGAAAGUGGACAACAACGUCGUCGUGGAAGAAUCGACGAACGACAACGACAAGAAAGCUUCCUUCAAGCACAUCGACGCGAAACAGCUGACCUCAGAAAUGUUUCAAAAACGAUUGUUGGCUGCGUUCCCUUCCAACGAGUGGGCCAACAAUCCGAUAGCCGCUGAACACUUUGAUAAUUUUUUAAAAAGUUUGAAGUUUAUCAAGUCGGACGGUAACAAGCUGGACAGUUUAGCGCCAGAGAAGAUCGAAAGUGGUCAACUAGCGUGCAACGACCCAGCUCGUUUAAAUAACGAAGCUUCGUCCAAGUCGCGAACAGACGUCGUUGAAUAAUUUACGUUCGUAAAUUGAUUUGAAAGCUGCAUCACUGCCGAACACUGAUCGUAACGUUAUCGAAUGACUUUUAGCGUGGAUACGAUUGUGUAAUUAUCCGAGACACUUCUAAUAGAAUGUGGCGUACACGCGCCGAACAAUACAGGGAAAAUAAAACACAGCACGGACGCUGGUGAUGUUAUUUUUUCAAAUUUUUUAAGGACACGCAUCGUUCAUGAAAUUUCAUCAGUGCAUUGUUGCUUGCUGGGUGAAUUAGCAAGUUCCACGAGUAGUCGCUCGACUUUUAUAAGGGAUCAGAUUUUUCUUUUCGAACGAACGAUACAAGGAAUGUCACGAGAACGAUCGGAUUCGUAUUAUUUGUACGAUGAUUUCCGUUUGUACACGUGCAAAGAUUGUUCCUACCUCGGUCCACGUUAGAAAUACGAAAAAGUACCUCGCAUCGUGUUUCAAUCCGAUAUCGUGAUUUAUUUGGACGAUUUAUUUACUUGAAUACAUAGUAGAACGAAGCACAACGAAAAUUUAUCGAGACGAUACAAAUUUGCUUUCCUAUUCCGUAUACAGGCAACAAAGUAUGAUAGAUACGUGUACGUAACAAGAAACAUAGGGACCGAAAAAUUGAAGAGUAAAGAAAUUAGAUAUACAAUUAUUCGCAUAAUGUACGAGCGAUAUAUUUGUUAGUUCUUUUCAUUAACUUUGCGUUACGUUUCACUAUCAGUUACUAUUAUGUAUACGUUGUAUGAUAAUUGUUACGUUAUGCGACUGUAUUAUAUACAACUGUAUUAUUUCUUUAUCUGUAUAUACUUAAUAAUUACGUUAGUGCAUCAUUUUCUCGCGAGAUGCGCGCAAAAUCCUAUUACUUUAUAAGCUCGAAAACAUUCAAUUCGAAUCGAUCGAUCGAGAGUUCGUGUAAAAUUAAUUCGAGUCAAAAUUUGUCGAAUACAAUUGCAUGAAUAUUGAUUUUGAACAACAACUUGACAUGUAAUAAUGAAAGAAAAUAUUAUUAUAUAAUCAAACGUGCAAUCGUUAUGUUUUUUUACAAUCAUCCCGUGUCGAAGAUUCUGAAAUUUCACGCACAUUCGAAUGUUUGAUAUGACCGCUCAUUUUUAACAUAAUGGCGUAUCGUGACGACACCGUUUCGAAUUGAAUUUUUGUAUUCGUACAAGCGUAAAGAAAAUAUAAAUUUGCAGUACACAUUUUACCUCUGACAACCGUGACGGACAGAUUUUUAACUUCUGUAACAAAAAAUCAUAGAACAAUAUUAAAACAACGAUCUUUUGUAAGUUUCAAAUCUUUAAACAUUUGAACAUACGCCAUUAUUUAUUUAAAUUAUUUAGAUUCUUUUUCCUUUAAGUAAAGAAUAGUUUUUAAUGAUUUG